AUGUCCUUUCAGUCUGAAGAAUCUCACUUGGCGAAUUUAUCCAGCACACCCUUCAAUUCUGUGCCCGGCCCACUCGAGGAGUUCACCCCAUUCUCUGGAUUACCUUUAGAAUUAAGACGCAAGAUCUGGGGAUUCGCAGCUCUAUCCCACCCAAGAAUCUUUGAACUGGUAUGGUGCAGCUUUGAAAAUGACCUUCAUCAGUUAUUCAAAGUUUCGAAAGAGGCCAAUCGUGUCCCGCCAAUCAUGGAAGUCAACAGAGAGGCGCGUCAAGAAGGUAUGCGGAUCUUCGAAAAGCGAGUAUUCAACAAUUGCGACAUCAAUAUUGAGAGUCCUUUCAAACCUGAAGGAGAAAAGCCUCAGUGUACAUGGUUCAAUCCCGAUCUCGAUACGAUCUACUUUGGCGAAAAUACAUGUGUUCGAACAGUUGCAUACUUCCUUGAUUUGUGCUGGUAUACGAAACUUCCAAAGAUUGCUUUCGCAGUUAACAGACAUGUUCAGGUCUCCUGCGAUUGUGAUUGGUACCCUGAAAACUGGAACUCUGAAGACUGGAGGCCCGCCAACGAUAUGUUACCAUGUCUUCAAAUUCUUCAUGGCAAGCCUAGGAAAGACGCAAACUCCUCCAUGUUCCCAGGCUCACCUAGCACUACGGAAGUCUAUAUCGUUAUUCCAUCUCUUGUCUACAAAUUUGCAGCAGGCGAAAUGACAAAUACGGCCACUUUACGAAGUUCCCUUCAUGAGGAUCUUUGUGUGGGCGGUCCACGACCAGGUUCAUUAUGGGCCAUGCAAAUGAGGAGAAUUCGAUCCGGUGUGUACGGAUGUGGAACAAGCAGAUGGACGAAUGGCAGUGGUCCUGAUUUCAAGUUUGCUUCUUUCGGACCAAGCAUUAAGGAUGGAAAGGGAAAGAGACUCAGGCACCAUGGAUAUACCAUAUGUGAUAAAAAAUUCGAAAAGAUCACUAUGGGAACAUUUCUCGAGGAUUUGAAAAUUCGCAUUGGUGUUGAUAUACGGAUUGGUGUUUGGAGCCACUCUGAAAAUUUCCCUACCUGUUAUAAUCAGGUGAACGAAGUUGGGCUUUUCAAUGAAACAGAUGAGGGUAUCAAAGAAUGCGAAGCCGAAAUUUGGGCUCACUGUCACAAUGAGAAAUGCAAAUGA